AUGACUAUCUUAGUGCAUGGUGUGGGCCUUGCAGCGGCAUUUCCGAUCGAUGCGAACAUUGCGAAGAUUCUUAUUUGGAAGACUUGGAAGGUCCAGGUUGGGAACGUCACGAGAUCUAAGACAGUAUGGCAAGUGGGUCCUGGUACCUUUCUGAAGCGAGAGGGAAACGGGCCUAGUGCAAAUUCAAAGUUUGAGCCAGAAGCGCGAUGCAUCGGCUUUCUCUAUAAGCCCAAGGCAAUGCUUAGGAAAUUCCUUCUUUGGGAGUUAGACAAAGUUCCAAAUUACAUAAAGGAACCUAUUACCCUGCAUCUUGAUGGUAGCUAUCAUUGCACUUGCACUUCCGUUCAAAGACUUGAGGAAUACCCGGCGGUUAUCCGGCUCAACAACUACAGCGAUGUUAGACGCCCGCGCUUACUCGGAACCGGCAAUAUUGAGGACACUCGCAAGACCCAAUUCAAAUCGAACGUUAUUCGGUUCGGGCGACAGGCGAGAACUCAGCUGGUUAUCGUGGAACAAGUAGAAUCUUCCACGGAAGCUAUUCAUACCCACACUUUGAUCUGCGCCCUUCCGGCUCUUAAAAAGCCACCAGGCUGUAAACAACUGCCAAGGUCUUCGGAUUGUACCAUAUCACUCCCCUCCAGUCAUGGCACAAGAUAUGCAGCCAUUGUGCAGCAGAAGCCACAACCCACUCCACUGGUGCUCAGCGACUAUUCUGAAAAUGCAAACGGUUAUUCAGUUUCCAACGGGCAAGGUUCAUCGAAUCAGUUUGACCCAAUUCUACCCCCUGCACAUACCAACAGAACGUUGGUGCUGUGUUUUGAUGGAACCGGUGACCAGUUUAGCUCGGAUAACUCUAACAUCGUCCAGCUAUUCAGCAUGCUCGUCAAGAAUGAUCCCUCUUUGCAGAUGGUAUAUUAUCAGGCCGGCAUAGGGACGUACACUAUCCCGGAGAUGGCCACGCCCAUGAUGGCCAAGCUUUCCAAGACUGUUGACAUGAUGAUUGGGAAUCAUCUCAACGCCCAUGUGAUGGGAGGAUACGAGUUUCUCAUGCAGAAUUAUCAUGCUGGUGAUAAGAUUUGUAUCUUCGGCUUUUCACGAGGCGCCUACACCGCCCGAGCGCUUGCUGGAAUGAUUCACAAAGUCGGGCUUCUACCUCGCUGCAAUCACCAACAAGUUCCCUUUGCAUACCACAUGUACAGCCGUGAUGACGAUGAAGGCUGGGCACAAAGUACUGCAUUCAAGAAGGCUUUCUCCAUUAAUGUGGACAUCGAAUUUGUUGGUGUCUGGGAUACCGUUAGUUCGGUAGGAAUCAUUCCUAAACGCUUGCCCUUCACGGCGGCGAACAACAGUAUCAGGUACUUCCGUCACGCAAUUUCUCUUGACGAACAUCGCGCUUCAAGCCGAGCCUUUGGAUACGCGCAACUGAGGAGCACAAGAAACGUGGGCGUUCAACCUCAUCACAUGCCUCGCAGCAUCCUGAGGCGUCUCCCGGACCUGCAGGAACUCAAACAUGGUAAAGGCAGCCCAGACAGUGAAGCAACCAAGAAGUCACAUCACCAUCACGAAGAUCAGGAUGAAAUGGAACAACGGUUCGCAACUGCUGAUGCGCAGCCCAUCGUAGAGACGAACGUCGAAGAGGUUUGUUCUAAUCACAAAGCAGACGUCGGCGGAGGUUCUGUCAAGAACGGUACCCGCAAUAGCCUAGCUCGCAUACCGCUUCGGUGGAUGAUUCGAGAAUUAUUCAAGCUUCAAAUCGGCAUCAUCUUCCACCAGAACAUGUUUGCAAAAAUUGGCAUGGAUCACAAAAACCUCUACCCUCCAUACAAGCUUGGCAGCCUCGGCCUCCUGCAUGACGGUGGUAAAUUCGUAAGCGAGGAACUCGAGGACUUGGCAGAUGCUACUAGCCCGAUGUAUGACCAGCUCCGCCUCGCACGUGCAUGGUGGAGUCUGGAGGUCAUCCCACAAAUGCUUCACUACCAGCGUGACGAGGAUAACUCUUUGGUUGACCAGUACACGGUCAACAUGGGGCGUGGCCGGCACGUUCAUCUCCAACACAAGGCUGGCGUCAAAUUCCAUAGGUCUGUCAAGAUUCGCAUGGAGGCGGAUAAUCUCAAAGACGGAAAAUACUGGCCCAAGGCGAACUAA